UAGAGCCCCGCCAUCAACCUUAUCGUCUUAUCUAGUGUCUUUUUUUCUUGACUUUCUUUCAGUUCAAAACUCAAUUCGUCUGAAUUAUUUUCUCUAGACGAAACACUCUUAACAUGUUGAUUUAGGGUGCUCUUGAUAUCCUCUUAGAAGGGGCUAAGAUGUCGGAUUUAUCACCGUUCCUAAAUCCCGGUCCUCGGACGAAGCCGAAUACACUCGCUCUAGCUCACUUAUCCCGCGACAGCAUCCAACCCAUCUAUCUGAACGACACCUCAGAUGCCGUUGAUGGAUACGCUGAGGGAGCGGUAUUAAAUACACGAUUUGGAUCUUUUCCACAUUCCACUUUACUCGAUAAACCAUGGGGUUCGCAGAUUCGUGCCUCAGUCGUAGAUACCGGCUCUAGAGGUCGAAAAUUGAAGCUCAACAAUGGCGCAGAACCGGAAAAUGAUAUGGAGGAUGCUGGUUCGGGUGUUGUAACAACGAAAGACGUUAAAACUGCGUCAAGCGGUUUCAUCCACAUAUUACCACCCACGCCGGAACUAUGGACAACAAGUUUACCCCAUCGAACUCAAGUUGUAUAUACGCCCGAUUAUAGCUACAUCCUUCACCGCAUCCGCGCGCGACCUGGUAUGAAAAUAAUCGAAGCCGGUGCAGGAAGCGGCAGUUUUACACAUGCUGCUGCUAGGGCGGUCUAUAAUGGUUAUCCGAGAGAUGCGCAAGAUACGAGAGGGAAGGUUUUCAGUUUCGAGUACAACCAAGAUCGAUAUGAGAAGAUGCGCCAGGAGAUUAGCGAUCACCGCUUGGAUAAGCUCGUUCAGAUUACCCACAGAGAUGUUUACAAUGAUGGCUUUUUAGUUGAUGGCGAAAGUCCCGAAGCCGAAUGUGUUUUCCUCGAUCUACCAGCGCCAUGGAAAGCUCUCCCUCAUCUAUCAAGACAAAAGCCAACGCCAACUCAACUCUCAAACAGCGAAGUAGGCAGUCUUGAUACGGGUCCGGAAUGGAAAUCUCCUCUACAUCCUGGCCGGACCGUCUAUAUUUGUACAUUUUCUCCGUGUAUUGAACAAGUUACCAAGACCAUUGACGUUAUGCGUCGAUUGGGAUGGAUGGAUAUAGAGAUGGUCGAAGUCGCACAUAGGAGAAUACUUGUUAUGCGAGAGCGAAUUGGGUUAAACAUACCGGCAGGAGAGCGAGGGUCGAGUCAGACAGCAGCCAAUGCUACAGAGGCCAUCACGAAGCUAAAAGAAAUCGAGGGUCGAUUCAAGAAUCAACAGUCCCGAACCCGUGACGUUGAUGUCGACAUGGAGGACAAUGAAGAUAUUGCGAGUAACGCUAAGCCCAUGAAUGGGAAGAAAGAACCCGAUUCGCCAAGUGACGAGGCCGAAGACGAGACGUCAAAUAAGCCAUGGAUGGCUGGAAGGCUAAUUCAUCGAACCGAGCCAGAGCUCAAGACACAUACCUCAUACCUUGUCUUCGCUGUGCUUCCACAGGAAUGGAGCGAGGCACAAGAAGCAGCAGCUUUCGCAAAUUGGCCAUGCGGUAAUGAGAGCAAGGUCAUCGGUAGUCUGGACAAGGAAGCUCGUAAAAGGGAAAAGCGAGAACUACUUCAGGGGAAGAAGCGAAAGAAGGAUCCCGGAACUAAUUCGGAAGGCGGUCGCGCUUCAUCACCAAAGAAGAGCAAGGCCUCCUAGCUGGAGAGUCGCGAACGAAUGAGACUAUGAUACCCCGACCAUUUGGGUCAUUCAAUCAAUGAAAUGAAUUACUUUCACUAACAUACCAUC